AUGUCCCUUCACGGCCUUCCCUGGAGCCAGCUCAAGACUGUCGUAAUCGACGUACCCUCGUCUCUGGAGAAUAUUUUCUCCUACCUUUCCCAGUGCACCUCCGCUACCGCAGUCACAAUUCAUGGCGAAACUCCGAAGAAUCCAGGGAAAACUCGCCUACCAUCUCACCGUUUUCCCGCUCACACGCUUCCGAACCUCACCUCUCUCAAACUGUCGCGAGGGUGCGACCCGCUGUGGCUCCUGCGACACUUCACAGCACCCUCCCUUCAGCAGUUGGAGGUAGCCAUACUUCGCCGUGAUCAGCAAGUCCUUGAAGAUUUCGUGAAGCGUUCGCCCAGCAUCCAUACCCUCAUCAUCGACGAGAGGUAUGGUGAGGAUUAUGCCUAUGCAGACGAGGCCCUUAUCACUGAUCAAGAAAUCAUCGCCUACCUCACAAGUCCUUGCUUGCGCGCCAUACCGCGUGUCGGGCUCGACUUGCUGUACACGAAGAAGAGGAUUCCGGCUCUGAUCCAAGAAGGUUUGGAGGGCGGCCGACCGCUUCCGCCUCUGCUCUGCUGGAUUCCGGAAAAUUGGGAUCAAAGGUUAGUUGGGUGGUGGGACGAGUUGGAUCCGGAGCUGCAUACGUUAUUAUUCUCCUACGAAGAUGGGUCAAUCGAACUCUCUCCGGAGUACCAGAUCGACUCGGACUAUCCAUUCUAA